GAUACGGACUGAAUUAGUUGAAAAUACUUUUGUUCUUUAGGCUUAGCUUUUCAAAGGAAUUUGCAUCUUGACACACUAUCCAUGGUAUCAACGAUGGUAGCUUGUUUAAAUGUUUUUGUGAUAAUCAGUUCCCUUCGCAGCAAAAGUUUUUGUUUUAAUGUAUGUAUAAAUUACUUCUAUUAUAUAUUCAGUAAUAGUCAGUUGUAGCUGCUCAAGAAUAUUUACGGCAUAGUUAGUCACUAUUAUGUCUGAGCCAAACAAAGGUGAUGACACUAAUACGCAAAAUGCAACUGAGCCUGAUCAGCAGACAGUGCCAAAGAAGUACCCUUCUCACAUCACGCAAAGUCAUAAAUCUGUGAAAACUGAUCGAGGCAUAUCGAAGAAUGCGAAUGAGAGUGCAACAGCAUUGACAGAUUCUCCACCUGAAAUACUGACACAAGUUGCGCAAGAGCCAACUCAGCCGGAAGUAGAUUUAUCGAAACUAGUAAACGUCACGAGUGAGCCAUAUGAGCCAGUCAGCUCUCCAAAAAUAGACAGCAAUCCUGAUAGUAAAAGAGAUGAAAAUCCUCCUCUGGAACAGGUCCCUAAACAUUUUUCCGAAAAUAAAAUAAGUUUAGGUCUGAUUGAGGUAGCUGAUAAAAAGGAAGGCAAAAAAAAAAUUAAUCGUAAUGACCUGACUGAGGAGGAACUAGAUGAAAUUUGUGCUGGAAGAGAUGGUAAUGGAAGGUAUACUAAAACAAGAACCCCAGGGCUGGAUCCAAGAUUCCAGCAAACAAAUCAGACAUUGAGAUGCUUCGUCAUGUACACAGACUUCUAUCGAUGUGAAAAUAUCCUUGGUGAAGGAAAAGUAGCAUGUCAAUGGUUCAAAGAUGUUUUCACUUCGAUAUGUCCACUUGACUGGGUUCGCAAGUGGGACGAAGCUCGAGAAGCUGGCCGAAUGCCAUGGUCAAAAGGCAACAGUCAGGGAAACUUUCCCGGGCAUAGUUAUGGAGAUUGAAUCAUAUCUGAUUAAUGUACUCAACAUCUGUCAAGUGAACUUUUUUUUAACACAGAACCAAGUAAUUCAGAAAAUUUAUUGAAAAGAAAUCUGUCCCCAUCCUCCUGUUUUUACUGUCAUACCGUGGAUGCGAAGUUAAAGUAACUGGAAAGAUUGCCGCUUGAAUUUCGUUUUAGACGGUUAUUCUAGAUGAGCAUCAUUUAAAAUUAUUUAUAAUAUACUACUCUUAAUAUAACACACUGAAUAAAGUAAACGUUUUGUGCCAAAAAAUAUUAAUUUUAUUUUACAGGUACAUAAGGGUUAAUAUUUAUAUAUAAAUAGAAUAUAAAAGAAGAGUUUCUUGAUUUUCUUCGACUCCUUUACUUCUUGCGGUGUCUUGAAAACUCAAGUUUUGAGCCAUAGUAAAUUAUUUUGAAUUUUAUACACAUAUAUAACAUCAACCACUUGGAAGUUAUACUACACUUUCGUUUGAUUUUCUUUUUUUUUCAAAUCUUCUUUUACAAUUUGUA